AUGCAUACAGAAAAUGAUGAAAAACAAUUAAAAUCAUGUCUAACAAAAAUUAUUCAGUUAGUUGAAGAAUGUCUACAAAAAUUCAAGUCAUUUGAUCAACCGACACAGAUACGAUCACCAACUGACAUAAAAGAUGAUAAUCUUUUAGAAAAUUCUCAAUUAAAUAACAAUAUCUAUACAUUUACAUUAAGUGAUGAAGAAAAUGAACUUCUACAAGCUUUAACAUAUAAUAUUGAAACUACUCUAAAUGAACAUUUUCAACAUUUAUCAAACAUAUGUUUGAAUUAUCUAUUAGAUUUUCUUUAUACAUAUCAUUAUGAUCGUGAAAAACGACGAUUUCUUUCACCUUUAAAUAUCGGUGAAUUAUAUUCAUUUGCUCUUGAAUUAAAAGGUUUAUUGGCUUCAUCUGCUGCUUAUCCUGCUGCAUACAAUGGUCAAUUAGAUGUUGUUAAAAAAUUUAUUAAAGAAUAUCCAACAUUCAAAGAUAAACCAGGAUUAUGGGAAACAACAUUAUUAUAUUCAGCUGCAAGAAAUAAUCAUUUAGAUAUUGUUAAAUACUUGAUUGAAGAAGCACGUUGUUCUGUCAAUGCUCAAAAUCAACGUGAUGUUGGUUUUGCAUUAGAUGCUACCACUGCAGAUUACAUUCCACGACCGACAGCAGCUUCAACAGCUCUUCAUGGAGCUUGCUUUUAUAAUCAUUUGGAUGUUGUGAAAUAUUUAAUUAGACACGGUGCUGAUUAUUUUAUUCAAAAUCAGGCACAUGAAACACCAAUAAAUAAUGGAGAACGACAUGCUGAUAUUAAAAAAUUUUUCCAAGAUUAUCUUAUUAUGGGUUAUUCUAUUAGAGAUUCAGAACGCUUACCUGAUCAACCUAUAAUGGAUAAUGAUCGACGUCCAAUACAAGAUUGUAUGUGGGAAUAUAAACCAUUUCAAGAUCCUAAGUGGUAUAAAUUUUCAGCAUCAGUGGCCUCACUUUUACAUAUAGCUUUAUUACCAUCAAAAGAAUUUCAACAACAACUCUAUAUGAAGUUAACAAAUGGUUUAUAUAGUGUAUCAAUAAUUGAAUUUUUACGAUCAGGAAAACAUGAACAAGAUCCACAAAAAAAUAUGGCAUGGGUUCGAUGUCGUGGUUCUAGUAUUUUAAACUUUGAUUGUUUUUCAAUCUGGCAAGUGAUGUUAAUGCAACAUCCAAAAGUAAACGAUGAUGAAGAUAAAACUCCUUCAUUAAAAAUACAACAUUUUCCCACUAUGGUUACUAGUCGUUUUAAACUUCAAUUAAAUACUUGGUAUAGUUGUGAUGAUAAAACCAAUUCAUUAUUAGAGAAUGCUAUGAAUUAUCGACGAAAAAUUAUUUCGAUUAAUAUCCCUCAUGUUUGUGAUGGCUUGACAUUUAAUUUACAAACAUUUGAAUUUUCAAAUAAUGAAAAGACAAUUGUUGGAUAUAUUCGAUGGAUUCCUAAACUUAUAUCCAGCACUGAAAACAAAGAUAAAAAACUUGUAUACGUUGAUAAUUACCAAUCCAUGGCCAAUAUCCAACCAAUUCCUUUAACUACAAAACGUUUGAAAGAAGCUUCAAAAAUAAAAAGUACUGGUAAAAACCAAAUGGAUGAAAUAGAAGAUCAAGAUGAGGAAGAUGAUAGUGGCUUACAAAUCGCGACAACAUUUGGAGGAGGCAAUGAUGAUGAAGCUGAUGAUGAUGAUUUUGAAAAUUGGGAUGAUAACAAUCAAUCAUCGUCCGGAAAUACUGGUACUUGGAGUAUAACCGAUCUUAACGAUGAGACUACGUUUAUUAAUUCUGCUCCUGAUGCAUCCACUGCUGCUACAACAAAUAUGAUAGUUCGCGAAGAUUCGAAAAUUUCAGAGAAUUUCUUUCAUGAAACAUCAGACGAUAUCAAACAACCAUCCGUUAUCGAAAGAGCGAAUUCUACUUUAAAAUCUGAAGCAACAACUGCUCUUACUGCACAAUUAGAAUCAGAAAUUCAAGAAUUAAAAGAUCGAAUUGAAAAAGAGAAUUUAAAAAUUGAAAAAGAAAAACAAUCACAAGAAAAAAUGACGAAAGAAAAAGAAAAAGAAUUAAAACAAGUUCAUAAAUUAGUGGAGGAACUUCAACUACAAUUAAUAAGCAAAAAAUCUCAUGAACAACAAUUCAAAAAUUUAGUUAAUCAAAUAAUAGCUGUCGAUUAUGAUAAUAUUGAAUCGAUCAUUGCCAAUACUUUUCUAUUUCGCAAAAUUAAACAUAUUAUUGAUCAUCUUAAAAGUAAACAUUCACUUGAUAAAAGUUUUAUAGGACUACCAAGUUUAAGCAUCACAGAAAAAAAUGACUAUUAUUGUAUAUCAUUGACAAGUAUUAAAACACAUCAUGAUGAAUUUAAACUUGUUCUCAAACGAAUACAAAUCUUAUCAAAUGCUACUAAAUCAGCUAAAGUUUCUUAUCAACGACAAUUAAAUUCAAAAUUUCAAUCCGUUAAUGAUAUAAUGACACAACAAAUUCGUUCUUCACAAGAUUGGAUAUAUUAUACGAAAUAUUUUCAACAAUUAGUUAAAAAUAAAAUUGAAGAGUUUGUUAAAUUAUAUGAUGAUUACAUAUUACAAAACUCCAAACAAAUGGUAGAUGAAUGUAUAAAAGAUGCUAAUUUUCAUUCACAAAAUCAAUUACGAAAAUUAACUGAAACGUAUAUGAAAAAAAAACAAUUUCUACCUGAAUUAGAAAUAUUAAAAAGUGAAGCUUUAGAUGAAUAUAUAAAACAACAUGUCUUAUCAGAACGAUUAAAAUUUGAAAAGAAACCAUCAAAAAAAUCUAUUGAUACUAUGAAUGAAUUUAUUAAUAAAGUAAAAAUAGAACUCAAAACAAAUCCCAUCUAUAACGGAUGUAAUUUAGUACAAUUUAAAGAAAUUCCAAAAUUAUUACAGCGAAUUAUGUUAUAUUACCGAUGUUUUCUUCUACAAUUACCUUUGUAUGACUCAUCAAAAGAUUUAUUAGCAAAAAUUGAACAAAAUACAGUCAUUACCAUAGCAACAUCUACCGGAUCUGGUAAAUCAAGUUUAUUACCAGCUCUCUUGAUUGCUGAAGGUUAUAAAAAAGUCAUUGUUACUCAACCUCGUCGAUUACCUUGUACAGCAAUUUGUAAUCGUGUUAAUGAAACUAUGACAACAAAUAAAAAUGAAGCUAAACUUGCUGGAUGGGCUGUUAGUGGUGCACAGAAUGAUGUCGAUUCUCGAAUCUUAUAUUUAACAGAUGGCUUAUUAAAAGAACGUCAUGGUGCUUAUUUUGCUGAUAAUCCAAGUGUUUCACAUAGAUACACGGGAGCCAAUCCAAUCGAUCAGACACGUAUCAUGUAUUAUAAUAAAGUCGUUUUAGGAAAAGAAUCAAUACUAAAUGAAUUAAAUAGUGAAUUAAUGUCUGCACCAAAAGGUUUUCAUUCAAUACAUGGACAAUUUGCUGGUAAACCAAAUGACGAUGAAUAUAUUGUGUAUCGAUAUGGACAAGCCUUGCCUUAUUUAAGAAUAACUUAUAAAGCAUAG